AUGGAACGCAUAGAAAGAAUAAUAUUUUCAGAUUUUAGACUUUUAUCACCAUUUAUGAAUGCAUGUAAAACUGCAAUUACACAUUAUAGUUGUGGUUCAUUAAAACCACCAUCUGAUGAUAAAAAUAUUCGUGUACCACAUUCACAAGGUUCCACACUUGAAUGUUUAAUUAACAAAAUGACAGAAAAUAAAAAAGAUGAACCAAAUUCAUUUGAAAUUGAUAAUGAAUGUAAAACUCAAAUUUUAAGAAUAGCUGAAUUACAAUCUGAAGAUUUUCAUUUAGAUAGACCAUUAUAUUUUGCCUGUCGAGAAGAUCGUGAACAAUUUUGUCGUAAUGUUGAAGCUGGAGAAGGAAGAGUUUUUGAAUGUCUUGUUCAACAUACUCAUGAUUCAAGAAUGAAUCCAGCAUGUUCUAAACUAUUAGUUGAAAGAGCACAACUUGUUGGUGAAGAUUUCAAAAUGGCUCAUCCAUUGGUUAAAAAUUGUGAAAUUGAAUUAAAAAAUUAUAAUUGUGUACCAAACAAACAAGCAUUACUUACAUCACAAAAUUAUCAUCUUACACAAGUUCUUUUGUGUUUAGAAAAUGGUAUUCAUAUGAAACAAGCUGAUCCUAAUGGACCAAUGAAAAAUUUACCUGAUUUUACUCCAGAAUGUAAACAUGAAAUGACAACAUAUAGAAGUAUCAUGACAUCAGAAUUCCAUAUGAGUCCAGAAUUAGUCAUGAAUUGUGUUGAUGAAAUUAAUAAUUUUUGUUCUGAUAGUGGAGAUAUUGAAAAAGAUGGUAAAACAUUACAUUGUUUAAUGCGUAUAGCUGAGUCACGUGAUGAAAAAAAACAAGUCUCUCCAAAAUGUAUGAAUGCAUUAGGUUUAACAGUUAAAGUUGUUGAUAUUGGUUCAAAUUAUAAAGUUGAUAAGAUUUUAAUGGAAUCUUGUCAAUCUUUACUUUCUGGACCUUGUUCUAAUGAGGCACAAUCAGAUAUAGCAACAUUACAAUGUCUUAUGAAACAUAUUGAUAGUCCAGAAAUGUCAGUAGAUUGUUCUGAUAGACUUAUUGAAGUUCAAUAUUUCAUGGCACGUGAUUGGUCUCUUGAUCCAGAACUUUAUGCUUCUUGUCAUAAUGAAGCUGUUAAAAGAUGUUCUGCUUCAGAAAAUUGGCAUAUAGGAAUGGGUAAAACUAAUGGACCUGAUCCUGGUCCACAUGUUCUAGCUUGUUUAUAUCGUGCAGGAUAUGAUGAUAAAGAACCAUUGUCAUUAAAAUGUGCCAAACAAAUAAGAAGAGUCUUACAAGAACGUGCAGUAAGAGUUAAUUUACUUCCUGAUAUUGAAGAAAAUUGUAGAGGUGCAUUAUCUGAAUAUUGUUCAGUAAAUGUGGCACCAAAAGAAGAAAUGAUGUGCCUUCAAUCACAUUUUGAAACUGAUGCAUUUAGAAAAAAUUAUCCAGAAUGUUAUGAUAGUGUAUCACAAUUUACAUUAUUAGAAUCAAAAGAUACAAAGAUUAAUAGAUUACUUACUUUAGCAUGUCGUCCAGUAAUUAAAAAAUAUUGUCAAGAAUUUAUUGAUGAAGGAAUUGAUCAUGGUGAUGUUCAAGAGUGUCUUCUAGUACAUAAACAUACUAAGGAAAUGACAAAACAAUGUCGUAGCUAUGUUAAUCACUUUGAAUUAAUUACAUUAAGAGAUUAUCAUUUCAGUUACAAUUUUGCAAAUGCCUGUCAAAAUGAUAUAAAUAAACAUUGUAGUAAAGAUAAUAAUUCUAAAGGAGCUAUAAUAAGAUGCCUUUCUAAUAUUGUAUUUGAACAUAAAGUACUUGGUAACAAACUUGAUAUUAGCCGUGAUUGUAAAAAUCAACUGAAGGUUCAAUAUCUUCAGCAAGAACAGGUUAACUUUGAUGACAAAGAGCACAUGGAAGAUGCUGAUCCAGAGUUAAUGGAAAAAUGUAGCCGUGAAAUUAAAAAAUUGGAAUGUGAUAAAGAAGAGAAAUUUGAAGAUUUAGUAGAAUGUCUUAGAGAAGGAUAUGAUGAUCUUGGAAAUGAUUGUAAAUCAAUGUUAUUUGGUAGAGAGAAAAUUGAAGCUGUUGAUAAUACAUUUGAUGAUGAAUUACAAAAUAAAUGUAAAAGUGAUAUUAAUAAAUUUUGUAAUUCUGAAAAUAAAGAAAGAAUUUUACCAUGUUUAUCAAAUAAUAAAAUUUUACGCCUACUUCAACCACAAUGUCAAAAAGUUGUUAGAGAAAGGCUUAUGGAACAAUCUAGAGAUAUACGUCUCAAUCCAGCAUUGAUGGAAGCCUGUCAAACUGAUGCACAAGCAUAUUGUCCAGACCACUUUAAAUUAAUUAAUAAUCCAAGAUAUUCUCAACAAGAACUACAAUUAAUACUUGUUACAUGUCUUAGAGAAAAUUAUAUAUCUAAAGUAGUACAUUUAUCACAACCAUGUAAAAAUGAAGUUAGUAAUCUUAUUUUAGAAUCUGAAUUUGAUAUUGCAUUAGAUCCAGCAUUAUAUAAAGCAUGUAAAAAAAUUAUUAACCAACAUUGUGCAGGUUCUAUAAUUGAAAAGAAUGGAAAAUUCGAUACUGUUUUAGAAUGUCUCAAAGCUGAUUUUUAUGGUGGAGCUAUAAAAGAUAAAGAAUGUGGUGCACAAAUAGCUAGAAGAGCAGAAGAAAGUAUUGUUGAUAUCAAUUUAGAUCCUAUACUUCAUCAAGCCUGUGAUACAGAUAUUCGUAGAUAUUGUAGAGAUACACCACCAGGAGAUUCACGUAUCAUAACAUGCCUUUUAGAUACUCUUGAAGUACCAAGAAUUAAGUUAUCUACUGAUUGUAAAUUAAAGUUAAUUGAACGUAAGAAACUUUGGAGUGUAGCACAUGAUGAUUAUAAAAUGUCAGUUCCUGAAACAUGGCUUGAUUUAUUACUUGUUGUUGAUUCAAUAAAUAAUCAUCCUCAAAGAAAUUCAAUUUUUUCAUUCUUUGGAAUUUUUAUUCUCAUAAUUUUAAUUAUUGGAUGUUGCUGUGGUCGUUGCACAAAACGUACUCAUUUAGAAAUGAAAAACCGAUAA